UAUAAAUUUCAUUCGUACAAUUAAAAUUUUCAGUGAAGUCGCUCAAAUGACAUACAGAAGAAUCAUAAUUCCCAAAGGAACCAUUUUAACGAAUCGAACGACGAUCAUAAGGAUACCGUACGAUUUGGAUUCCGAUGCGGUUGUGGUGGGACCUCAGGAAUCAAUUUACUUGGAUUCUGAUGCAUCUGACAUGUCUUUACUGUCUCAGGAAUACCUCCAGGAGUCUAAUUCAGUUGAUAAUUUAGGUGAUUCUGAGACACCAUUGUAUUCUCCGGAUAUACAAGAUGAGAUGGAAUUGUAUGCAACCCUCUCGAAAAUUAGAAAAAAACACCCUUCUUAUGAACACCCAGUUAAUCAUCCCUUGUGUUACUCAGAUAUUAAUGGUGAUUUUGAAGAUGACCUCUAUAAGAUUGAAACUAAUUUAAUAAAUCGAAAUGUAUCUCGUUAUCCUAGAAAUUACCAUGGACCAGAAUCUUUGAAACAUGUUCCUGUAGAAAAACCUAUCGUAUUCAAGUCGAAUUAUUCGUAUGAUGCAAGUUCAAAUACGCUUUAUGAUCUCGGUGAAUUAUCUAGCGACACUAACAUUCUCAAUAUAAUUCAGUGUGAUGAACCCUACGAAAAGAAUGUUUAUACGCAAGUAGAAAACAAAUCCGAUGAAAUGAAGGAUUUUUCGCAAAUUUUUCCGGAAAAAACAUGCGUUCUCCAAGGAAUUGAUGAAAAUGCUACGAAGUUACAUUAAAUUACAUUUGUGUUGGGAGAACUAGCAUGUAAUGCAAACUGUGUUGCAUUUUUUAGAUACAAAGAACAAUUAUAAUAUUUUCA